CUGUAGCCUCGCAGCCCCCACCCGCUCCGCCAGACACAUGCAUUCUCUCCAGCCUCCUCCCCAAGCACAGCCAAGCGUGCCCUGCUCUGGCUUGAGCUGAGCUCACACGCGCUAGCACGCUCGCUCGCUCGCUCACGCUCCCUCUCCCUCUCUCCCUCCCUCUCUCUCCCUCCCUCUCUCUCUCCCUCUCUCUCCCUUUCCCUCCCUCCCUCUCUCUCCCUCUCUCCCUCUCUCUCUCUCUCUCUCCCUCUCUCUGUGUCUCUCACACUCACACACACGCACUCACACACGUACACCCUGGGCUGAGCUCUCCUUGCUGGCUGCAGCCGUGGGCCCUGCUCACCGUGCCAUUGCCGCUGCCUGCGAAAUGACGGCGGUUCCCCUCACUUCCAGGAAUCCACGCUUCCUGGAAGGUGAGUGGCUGGGCUCACCCCUGCCUGCCACCGAGACGCAGACAUGCACACACCACCCGCACUCCCUCGCCGCCGUUCCCAAGGAGGCGGCCGCAUUCGCACCCCAGGGUCUCACCGGCGAGGGAAGGAUAAUCGGGGACUCAUCUCUGGAGAAGGAGUUCCUUGGGGCCCCAGUGGGGCCCUCAGUGAGCACCCCCAACAGCCAGCACUCUUCUCCCAGCCGCUCGCUCAGUGCCAACUCCAUCAAGGUGGAGAUGUACAGCGAUGAGGAGUCGAGCAGACUGCUGGGGCCCGACGAGCGGCUCCUGGAGAAGGACGACAGCGUGAUCGUGGAGGACUCAUUGUCGGAGCCCCUGGGCUACUGCGACGGGAGCGGGCCCGAGCCUCACUCCCCGGGCGGCAUCCGGCUGCCCAAUGGCAAGCUCAAGUGUGAUGUCUGCGGCAUGGUCUGCAUCGGGCCCAACGUGCUCAUGGUGCACAAGCGCAGCCACACAGGCGAGAGGCCUUUCCACUGCAACCAGUGUGGUGCCUCCUUCACCCAGAAGGGCAACCUGCUGCGCCACAUCAAGCUGCACUCCGGGGAGAAGCCCUUCAAAUGUCCCUUCUGCAACUACGCCUGCCGCCGGCGGGACGCGCUCACCGGCCACCUUCGCACACACUCCGUCUCCUCUCCCACGGUGGGCAAGCCCUACAAGUGUAACUACUGUGGCCGGAGCUACAAACAGCAGAGCACCCUGGAGGAGCACAAGGAGCGGUGCCACAACUACCUACAGAGUCUCAGCACUGAAGCCCAAGCCCUGGCUGGCCAACCAGGCGAUGAGAUACGUGACCUGGACAUGGUGCCAGACUCCGUGCUGCACGCCUCCUCGGAGCGGCCAACUUUCAUUGAUCGUCUGGCCAACAGUCUCACCAAACGCAAGCGUUCCACCCCCCAGAAGUUUGUGGGCGAGAAGCAGAUGCGCUUCAGCCUCUCGGACCUCCCCUACGAUGUGAACUCGGGUGGCUAUGAGAAGGACGUGGAGCUGGUGGCGCACCACGGCCUGGACCCGGGCUUUGGGGGUUCUCUGGCCUUCGUCGGGGCAGAGCACCUACGGCCCCUCCGCCUUCCACCCACCAACUGCAUCUCAGAACUCACCCCCGUCAUCAGCUCGGUCUACACCCAGAUGCAGCCCCUCCCGGGUCGGCUGGAGCUCCCAGGGUCCCGGGAAGCAGGUGAGGGGCCGGAGGACCUGGCUGAUGGAGGUCCCCUCCUCUUCCGGGCCCGAGGCCCCCUGACUGAUCCUGGGGCGUCCCCUAGCAAUGGCUGCCAGGACUCCACAGACACAGAGAGUAACCACGAAGACCGGGUUGGGGGGGUGGUGUCCCUCCCUCAGGGCCCCCCACCCCAGCCACCUCCCACCAUUGUGGUGGGCCGACCCAGUCCCGCCUACGCCAAAGAGGACCCCAAGCCACAGGAGGGGUUGCUGCGGGGCACCCCAGGCCCCUCCAAGGAGGUGCUUCGGGUGGUGGGCGAGAGCGGUGAGCCCGUGAAGGCCUUCAAGUGCGAGCACUGCCGCAUCCUCUUCCUGGACCAUGUCAUGUUCACCAUCCACAUGGGCUGCCAUGGCUUCAGAGACCCUUUCGAGUGCAACAUCUGUGGUUACCACAGCCAGGACCGCUACGAGUUCUCCUCCCACAUUGUCCGCGGGGAGCACAAGGUGGGCUAG